UUCGGGGAAGAGAAACAUGCUGCGCACUUCUGAGAAGCCUUGAACAUGUUCGGUUGCAUGAGUGUGCAUUUUUGCUCUGGACUUUUAGAAAUAUUUUCCUGAUGUUUUGCAAGUUGUGCAAGCGAGGCACUGAUCCCUGACCACGCCAACAGCGGCUCUACAAGAGGAAAACAAGAUUUGGGGUCUACAGAUCGCCACUGCCAGCAAAAUUUUUUGUGAUAUUGCACAAAAUGUCCAAAUAUUUCACUGUGUGGGUGUGUUUGGGUGUACUGUCCACGCUUCUGCCGGCUGCAGGGGCAGUUGAAUGCUCAGAGACGGACCUGCAGCUAAGAUCGAGGCCAAGACUGAUCCCCAGCAUGGUGGCACAUCUGACAGACUGUUUAAGGGAGUGCACUGGCAUGACCUACAUCAAAAAACUGCAACUUCAGGACAAUCACAAUAUACGGCUUACAGACUCCACGGAAGGAGACUCCGGGGAAUAUUGUUGGUCUAUGGAGUUCCAGUGCAUCGCUGGGGAGAGCUUCCAACAUGCCUACGUGCUGUUGCCUGUGGAUAUAGCUGCAGGUGGACAUAAGCGACUGGAAGUCAAAGCCACUGCCCAGACUACCACCAGACUGCAGGCACACAACGGCCCGACCCCAGUCGCAGAGGACUGCGGCCUCCGCUAUGAAGUCACAGAGCACUUCCUCACGGAAGAGCCAGGGGCGUCGUUCUGCAUUCAGGUUGUCAGGCAGGAGGGGGUCCUGGGGGACAACGCUCUCAGAUGUCCUCCCUAUUUGGUCACCCUCUGGCAGAGAAAUCCAAAUCAGUCCAACCAACAAGGGGGUGGAUGAAAUGGAUCAGUGGCGGAAUAAGUUUUAAGACCUUUUACUCGAGAAAAAGCACUACUAUCACUUGUGCUUUGAAAUGUUAUAAGCAAACAUAUGUAAGUAUAAUCAGGAAAAAGAUUCUCUGGCCCCUGGGACUGUUAUAUAUGCUGCAUAUCAUAUUAUUGUUAUUCAUGCAUUUAUGUGUAAGCAACAUUUCAGAGUUGAGGUUGGUUGAAAGAUGCUCAUUUUUGUACUAAUUUUAUAUAAGGCUGCAACUAAUGAAUAUUGUCAUGCAUUAAUCUAAAACUCAUAUAAUAAUGAGAAAAGCCCAUCACAAAUACCAAAAGGGACACAGAAUUUGUUUCAUCCAACCAAGUGUCCAAAUCUGAAAAAAUAUUUAAAACAUUAGAAGGAAAAGCACCAAUUGUCACAUCUGACAAUUUGCAUUCAUUGUUUUGUUGUUCCAUUUCUAAUUUUGCACAGUGUCAGGUGUUUGAUACAAGUAUGAUAUUUCCUUCUGAAGCAUAUCUGAGUGUAAAGUAUCAUAAAGAAGAAAUACAGUUCUUAUGUACAAAUACCUUACAUUUGUACUUAAGUACAGUACUUAAUUAAAUAUACAUUCCACCACUGUACAAUCUAUAACGUUGACUGGAAGUGAGGUUAAUUCAACAUAUUGUAGUUUAUAUAAGCUGUUAUACCAUAAUUAUAACUGCAUCUAAAAAUAUAGCUUCUGCCUAUAUAUCAUAACCAUGAUACAUACAAUAGCUUGUAACUAAUUCACAAGCAAUAAUCACUCGAAUACACUUGUCCUGUACAGUAAUUGGCGAAUCAAUACAGGAUCAGAAAAGAUAACAGAAUGUAAUUUAUUCAAAUGCCACUUUGGGGUUUUAAUUUUUUCCAUCGCUCUUGGCUCUCGUGUUACUCUGUUUCCUGGCUGAACAGAAAAUGACUGUACUUUUAUGAUUUGUGCAAAGUAUAUGACGAAUAGAUGUUGUUUAUGGGCUCUUUUGUAGUUUGUUUUUAUAUCGGUGUCAUCCAGAGUUUGAACUUUCCCUUUUACAUUGUGCUGUGUGACAGAAGGUGUUUUUCCAGCACUUUAUGUACGUGACGCAGUUUUAUGUAGCAUAUGCACCCAUGUUUAUUUUGAGCCCCUAAGGGUAGCUGUCAUUGACGAUGAUAAUUUGAAAUCGUUAGCAUACCAGAUUAAUUACUUUUAGUAUAUUAUGAGCACUGUUUUUGCAUAUAUCAUUUAAUUGUUUUCCAAUGCAGACCUUUUAGAAUCAGAGUUCAUGAUAGUUUGUCUUUGUUUGUUUUUUUCAUGUGACUCUAAACCAUUUGUUCAAGUUGUGAAAGUUGACACAGAAGCAGAUGUGGAUCACUGCGCAUGUAUGAAACCGCCUCUGUCAAACACUGAGAAAUGUUUAUUGGAAAAGCUGCAAGGCAUCGUCAGCGCUCUGCUCGAUGUUCUCAACGGCAACGAGAGUGAUGCAAAAGUUCCCUGUUACAUGAACAAUAUAAAUAUGAGAUGUUAAUGUUUGUUUGGAAAAAUACACGAUACACUUCAUUUUCCUUUUACUAUACAUGUUUGUUGUGCAGAGUUUAAGAUGCAUUAAAAUAUACCAUUGAUACUAAUGCAAACCAGAUUCCCAGAACAAUUCAUUGCAAAACAGCAACUGUCGACUUUUUGAACAUAUUUGUUUGGACAGAUCAUAAUACUCUAGAUUUUUUUGGUGAUAUACAGUAAUAUUAUAUUCCGUCAGUUUGCAUCCUGUGUCUUUUUGUCUGAUUACUGUUCAGUAUAGUAGCUUAUGUCAGUAUGUAUUAAUAUAAUGUGAAGCUUCCAUCAUUUACCAUAAACUAAAUUUCACCAGCCACUGACUGUGUGGCCCAGAAGAAACGAUAUACAGUAGUGCCACCUGGUGGUUUCCAUGUUAACUAAUGGAAAUACAGUAACAUUGUACCCUACACCAUCCAACCACUGGAUGGCAAGCUAAUCUUAUGGCAGUAUUGUGUGUAUGUGUGUGUGUGCGUGUGUUUCAACAAAUUGUUAAUUGUAUAUUUCAAUAGCAGAGACACUUCAUACAACCAGUGUUGCGUAUCAAACCCUAGAUGGGUCCAGUUUUGCUAAACAGACUAUGACAGAGAAGUGUACACCGCUGAUAAUCACAACUUAUGACAAUAAAUAAAGCCAAAUCAAACUAUCAA